AUGUAUGGCACGCCUCAUUCUCUCAACACGAUGAACGGAAUGGGAGGAGAGGUCGUUGAUGGCUCAGGAACUAUCGAUCCGGCAAAUUUAAGCAACUCUGUCUCUGGUUUGCCGGCACCAUCCCCUGCUGAACCAAGUCCCCGUGGUAUCAAGCGUAGUCGCACCCCUGAUCAUAGUGGGAACGGACAUACAGAAGGAGAUCAGGAUGAUGAAGACCAUAGCCGUCGCAAGCGGGGCCGUCCCCCAAAGACGCCGCGAGCAAGCUCCAGUGAGCAUCCCACCACAGGCACCCCGAUACAAACGCCGCAGAUGCAGUCCCGGCCGCUUCCCCAUCAGUCUGCUGGGUCGCCACAGCUCGCUUCACCUCCGGAUAAGGUAACACCGACAAAGACGCUAGUAAAGGCACUUCCGACCGUCCGAGACCACACUUCCGACCAGUUGAACGACGAAGGCGAUGAAUAUAUCCCCAAGGAGUUCGAUGAAGCGGGAGAGACGAAGGUGGAUGCUAUGGGAUAUCCACAGGGAGCUCGUGAAUACAAGUGUCGGACAUUCCGUGUACCGAAUCGAGGCGAGAAGCUUUUUAUGCUGGCUACAGAGUGCGCGAGAGUCUUGAACUACCGUGAUUCGUACCUACUGUUCAACAAAAAUCGAUCUUUGCACAAGAUUAUCGCAUCCCAGAUCGAGAAAGACGACCUGAUCCAGCAGGAUAUCCUUCCGUAUUCUUAUCGAUCCCGCCAAAUUGCGAUUGUGUCUGCUAGAUCUAUGUUCCGUCAGUUCGGUAGCCGAGUGGUUGCCAACGGUCGACGGGUUCGGGAUGACUAUUGGGAGAGCAAGGCCAGGAAACAGGGUUUCACUGAAGAAGAUAUGGCGGGCGAGAAGCGUCCCGGUGCUGCUAAGACUAGGGAUGGAGCAGCCACCGAAACUGAACGUCACAAUACGCUACCGGCACUCCCACAUAACGAUGUUAUCUUCAGCAGUGUCGUCGAGGCCUUGCCUCCAGGUCUCUCGUUAGAUGUGACUGAUGCCUCUUCUGCCCUGGGACAACUUCCCAUGAUCCAUAUGGCGACAACAGAGGACCACCGUCUACGGGACUACAUGUCACAUCAACAGGUGCGCCAAGAAUUAACAGGUCAACCCUAUCAAGACCGCACGCAAACUAGUACCGGUGCAGAAAUCAUUCACCAAGCUCAGACUGCUGCCGACUUCAACCGUGCUCUGGGAGCUCAACGAAACCUCCGCUUGAAAGGACUCGAAGAAUUCUACAGCAAACCACGGGAAGCGCCAGAAACGGAUCAGCCACAGUCAAGCACCGCCCUCGAUUCCGGUCUUUCUGUAUCACAACCUCUUCAAACUGCUCAGGUCCCUCCCGCAGGAAUGGCAAACCCCGUUCAGGCGCAGCCUGUGAUGCCCCAUCAUCAACAGCCCAUAAUGGCUCAGCAAGCUUACGCCCAACACCAACACCAACAAGCCAUUGCGCAGUCUCCCGUUCGAGGUAUCCCAGCGGGCAUGCGACCCGAUCUCAUGCAUCAACGAUCCAACCCAUCUAUGCCUGCUGGCGUGGCACAACCCCCUUACGGAUAUCCUUCGCAGCAGCAACAACAGCAGAUGUGGGGUCAACCUCCUCCACAACCACAACCUUCACCCAUACCUUCAGGCGCCCAGGGUGUAGGCAUGCCUCAAUAUGCCCAGCAAAUGGCAGCUGCUCCCCAGCAGGCACCAUCGCCAAUCCACCAUGCCCAACAGCCUCAUCAAUCUCCCCGCAAUCAACACCGUCCAUCUGUGCCGCAAAUGCAGCAACAAUUUCAGAUGCAACACCCGCAAGCGCAACAACAAGCCAUGGGACAAAUGUACCCCGGCGGUGCUCCUGCCGGCUACCCCGCGAUGCCGCGAGGGAUGUAUCCCUCGAGUCAAGCCAGCCCUGGCGGUCAAGCCUACAUGGGACAACCUCAGCAACACCCCGGUAUGGCGGUCAACAUGGGAGCUGCUGGUAUGCCUGGGUGGCCGCCUGGUGCUGGGCCUGGUGGGGCUAUGCAACCCGGUCAACCCCAGCCAGGUCAAUCAGGCAGCCCGCUUGGAGGGUGGUCAGGAUACUAG